AUGAAGUUCACUUCCAUCGCCGCCCUCUUCGCCCUGCCGCUCCUCAGCGCAGCCAGCACCAUCGACCGCCGAACGCUCUCCGCUGUCGUCACCGUCGACACCAACAAAGUCGUCUCCACAAACGUCCCCGUCAUAGAGGGAAUCGUCCAGCCCGGCGCCGUGCAAAUCUCCGCCUCCGUGAUCAACGAGUACUACCUCAACGCCACGGCCUACCUCAACCCUGACAAGACCAUCGGCUACCACCUCUACAGCCUCACGGACGAGGACGGCUACGGCACCCUCGUCACGCUGCAGGGCAUCGGCGACUACCGCUCGGGCGAGUUCUUUACCAAAGACGCGGCGACUGGGCAGUUCGGCCAGAACGGCGGCAACGUGCUCUUCUACAACGCCCUGGCGUACGCCUUGCUUGCGCCUCUGCAGGAGGCCGCGCUGCUUGUUCACCAGUAA